AUGAGUCGCCGUCGAGCAGAAUCUACGGCUGUAGCUCUCCUGAGCUCACCAGCGAAACCUCACCUCCCAAUGCCCCUCCGACGUCUUGAUGCCAUCCGGAGCCUCAGCACAAGCUCGGCACUGACUCAGCGACGACCCAUUGUCGCGUGCAAUUACACGCAGUCCUUCAACAAUGGACGGACAUUUGUGUCGCAGGCGAAGGACGCGAAUAUCGCAGUCUUGGGAGGUGGAUUGACGGGUCUCACGGCGGCAUACUACCUCGCAAAGAAACUCCCCUCGACGGCCAAGAUUACAUUAUACGAAUCGAGUGAUAGAUUGGGAGGAUGGAUCAAGACAGAUAGAGUACCCGUCGAUGUUGAGGGGAAGAGCGGUACCGUAUCUUUUGAGCGUGGUGCUCGGUCGUUGUCUUCUCUAGCUGGCAACACAUUUCGCUUCGAUGACCUUGUUCUCUACGAUCUGGCUCUCGAUCUUGGACUCGUUGUCAACUCCCCGAGGCAACAGCCACGAUAUAUCUACUACCCAGACCAUCUCGUUCCCAUGCCUCCCAAUGUUAGUAUCUUUGAUAUCUUCCGUGAGCCGCUCUACCUUGAGAGCAUCGGUGCCAGUCUUGGACUGGGCAUCAACUCUUUGCGCAAGAGAACUCUCCCUUCCAAGGACUACUCGGUAUCUGAAUGGCUCUACGCCGUGAGCAACAGUCGAAAGGGCGUAGGUACCUUGGCUUCAGCCAUGAUGCAUGGUAUCUAUGGCGGUGAUAUCGACAAGCUGAGCGCUCGCAGUGUUCUGGAUCGCGUGUAUUGGGGCUGGUACCUGCCAAACCCCGGCCUGUCGGCGCGCCCUAUGCCUGUGGCUGAGCAGACUCUCCUCGAAACUCUAGGCCAGGACAAGCAGAUUCAGAAGAUGGCCCUGGAGCCAAGGAGUGCGCUGGUGGACUUUGGUGACAAGGGCAUGGAGUCGCUGCCGCAAGCUCUAUCUGCUGCCCUACGGGAGCAACCGAACGUCACCAUAAAAACCGGCGAGGCCGUGCAGGAUGUCGUUCACAAUAAAACUAACCAGCAAGUUCAUAUUACCAGUUCCAACGCCAAGAACAAGUCCGAGCACAACUCCAAGGUAUAUGAUAAGGUCAUCUCAACGCUAUCUGCACAAGAUAUUGCUCGUCUCACAGGGGACAAACUCCCUUCGCUCUCAACGGCACAUUCCGUCUCUGUCAUGACUGUCAACAUCUGGUUCCCACGAGAAAAUUUGAAGCCUCCCGGUUUCGGCUAUCUCAUCCCCAACUCCGUGGCCCCUGAGCUUAACCCUGAGCACGCUCUCGGUGUCUUUUUUGAUUCUGACGUUCAGACUCGCUCAAAGGAUGAGCCUGCUGGUACCAAGCUCUUCGUCCUCAUGGGCGGCCACUACUACGAUCGUCCUGAUGUCACCCCCCCAACUGAGGACGAGGCCAUUCUCCAAGCUCGCAAUCUGCUCGAGCGUCAUCUCGGCAUCCCGCGUGAUGCUCCAGCUUACGCCACAGCCAAUUUUGCUAGAGAGUGCAUCCCCCAGCACUACGUUGGCCACCAAGAUCGCCUGAGGGCUGCGCACACCGAGUUAACACAGAACUUUGGCGGGCGUCUUGCUGUCGCUGGUGGUUCCUUCACUCGCAUCGGUGCUGUUGCUAGCCUGCGCGCCGGCUAUGAUGCUGCCACAGCGGCGAAGGAGGGCCUUGAAGCUACGGGCUUGGAGUAUCUUAACGACAUUCAGCAAUUUUCUGUCGUUGCGACUUCACAUAUCCCUGUACGGCAUUUUAAGUAG